AUGGCACAACUUAACGUCUCUUUGGUGCUCAUCUUUCUCUCCAUUUUUUGUAUCACCGGCACGGUCGAGUCGGCCGGCAUUCGUUCCCGGAACCGGGCCUACAUCGAGGCCCAAUGUCAAUCCACCCGAUACCCUGAGCUAUGUGUCAAGUCCCUUUCCGAAUAUGUCAAUUCAACUGCUCGAAGCCCACAACAAUUGGCCCAACUCUCCUUGACAGUGAGUCUAACCAAGGCUCGAAACGCAAGGGCUUUCAUGGCUAGAGUGGUUACUCAGCUCAAACAAAGCAAAGACAUGGACUACCAACCUGUUAAAGACUGUAUAGCACAAAUUAAUGAUGGUGUGGACCAGCUAACCCAAUCCAUCAAAGAACUACAACUAAUGGGCCAAUCUGGGCCCGACAAGUUCAUGUGGCACCAGAACAAUGUUUUGACUUGGGUUAGCGCUGCACUCACUGAUGUGAACACUUGUGUUGAUGGCUUCUCUGGACGUGCUGCUAUGGGUGGCAAAUUAAGGGCAACAAUUAAAGCCAUGGUCCUCAAUGUGGCACAACUCACCAGCAAUGCACUGGUUUUGUUUCAUCGGUUCGCUGCAUGGCAGCGAGUCACCGGUGCCCGCAAACCCUAA